AUGGAUAAUGAAAUCAAUGCUAUGAAUAAUGUUUUGACUAAGGAAUCAAAUUUAGAUUAUAAAGUAAAGGAUAGCAUGAAAUCUAAGAAGGAAUAUGUGAUGGAGGAAAAGGCAAAUAUGGAUAAAGUAUUCUAAAAUACUGAUACACCAAAGAAAUUAAGUGAAGUAGAAUAGUACUACUAGAUAGUAAUCCCGCAUGAUAGACCCCUCAAUGACAACUUACAUCACUAGGCGAUAGGCAACUAUCGAAGGAUGAAAAGAGAAUCUGAUGGAGGGGUAGAUGAAUAUAAUAAAGCUUUUGGAUCUCCACUAAGCAGAGCCGAACAUGAUUUUCACAAUGUGUCUAAGAAUUGGGAUUAUGAUGUUGAAAUGAGAGGAAAGAGAUGA